CCGCCAUUCUUUGUCUUGACAUUCGAAUUCAAACUUUUCAGCCGGUUAGUGAAAAGUUUGUUUAUUAGUAACGGAUUUCCUGAUGGAUUGAGUAUCGUCUAGGUAACGUUAGUUUACUAAUUGCUUCUCAUGUGUAUUCAAAGAGUGAUUCAUUGCUGAAAGGAAACGUUGUUUUGUUUUGUUAUAUGCAUUUAAAUUGAUUUCUUUGCUACCUUAAAUAUGGCGGAUUUGGCCGAUUUAAGUGAUGAAUGGGAUAUGGAUGAAGUCCCGCAAAAAACUCAAAAAGCUAACAAGAAAUUAUCAGUGGAACGAAUUUAUCAGAAGAAAACUCAGUUAGAGCAUAUUUUACUGCGUCCUGAUACGUAUAUUGGAUCUGUAGAACCGGUUACACAGUUAAUGUGGGUUUACGAUGAAGAUGUUGGAAUGGUCAAUCGUGAAGUCACAUUUGUUCCUGGUUUGUAUAAAAUAUUUGAUGAAAUUUUGGUUAAUGCUGCUGAUAAUAAACAAAGAGAUAAAAAUAUGGAUUGUAUCAAAAUUGAAAUAAAUCCUGAAAAAAAUCUCAUUAGUAUUUGGAACAAUGGUCAAGGAAUACCUGUCGUUGAACAUAAAGAUGAAAAAAUGUUUGUUCCUUCUUUGAUUUUCGGUCAUUUGUUGACUUCAUCUAAUUAUAACGACGAUGAACGCAAGGUUACUGGUGGAAGAAAUGGUUAUGGUGCAAAAUUGUGCAAUAUUUUUAGUACAAAAUUUACAGUUGAAACAGCUUGUCAGCAGUAUGGAAAAACUUUUAAACAAACAUGGACUGACAAUAUGACUAAAACAGAAGACCCUAAAAUCGGGUCUUUUAAAGGAAGCGAUUUUACUUGUGUGACAUUCUACCCAGAUUUAGCGAAGUUUAAGAUGACCGUUCUUGAAAAAGACAUUGUUGCGUUAAUGACAAGGCGUGCUUUUGAUGUAGCUGGAUGUACUCGAGGUGUUAAAGUGUUUUUGAAUGGAAAAAGACUUCCUAUAAAGGGUUUUAAGGAUUAUAUGGAAUUAUACGUGAAAGACAAGACAGAUGAUCAAGGUGAUCCACUAAAGAUAGUUCACGAAGUAGUUAAUGAAAGAUGGGAAAUAGCUGUCACCUUGAGUAACCAUGGUUUUCAGCAGGUAAGUUUUGUUAACAGUAUAGCUACGACUAAAGGUGGGCGACAUGUUGAUUACAUUGCCGAUCAGCUAACUUCGAAAAUCGCUGAAGUAGUAAAAAAGAAAAAUAAGGGUGGAAAAGCAGUGAAGCCUUUCCAAAUUAAGUCGUAUUUAUGGAUUUUUAUUAACUGUUUGAUUGAAAAUCCAACAUUUGAUUCUCAAACUAAGGAAAAUAUGACUCUCCAAGUAAAAAGUUUUGGAUCAAAAUGCCAGUUAACUGAGAAAUUUGUUAAUGCUACUUUAAAAUGUGGUGUUGUUGAAGCUAUUGUUCAAUGGGUUAGAUUUAAGGCUCAGACAGAGCUUGAAAAGAAGUGUAGUGGUAAAAAACACUCAAAACUGAAAGGUAUUCCAAAGCUUGAAGAUGCGAAUGAUGCUGGUACCCGAAAUUCAAUUGACUGCACAUUAAUUUUAACUGAAGGAGAUUCAGCUAAGUCAUUAGCUGUAUCUGGGUUAGGUGUUGUUGGUCGUGAUAAAUUUGGAAUAUUUCCUCUUAAAGGUAAAAUCUUAAAUGUACGUGAAGCUUCUCACAAGCAAAUUCUGGAAAAUGCAGAAAUUAAUAAUAUCAUCAAAAUCAUGGGCUUACAGUAUAAGAAGAAGUAUCAAACGAUGGAUGAUUUAAAGACUCUGAGAUAUGGCCGCCUAAUGGUAAUGACUGAUCAGGAUCAAGAUGGAUCUCACAUAAAAGGACUUUUAAUCAACUUUAUUCAUCAUAAUUGGCCUGAUCUGUUGCGUCUGCCAUUUCUUGAAGAAUUUAUUACCCCAAUUGUUAAAGCCACAAAAGGAAAAGAUGAAAAAUCGUUUUACAGUCUUCCAGAAUUUGAGGAGUGGAAGAAGGAAACACCAAAUUGGUCUUCAUAUAAGGUAAAGUACUACAAAGGUUUGGGUACUAGUACAGCUAAAGAAGCAAAAGAAUACUUUUCAGAUAUGCGACGCCAUAGAAUACAAUUUCACUAUGGUGGAACUGAUGAUGAUAAUGCUAUACAGUUGGCAUUUAGCAAGAAAAUGGUUGAUAUGCGUAAAGAAUGGUUAUCAAAUGGCAUGGAAGAAAGGAAAAGAAGGCGGGAGUUGGGUCUGCCUGAAAUGUAUCUAUAUGCUAAAGGUACAACCAAAAUAACUUAUAAUGAUUUUGUUAACAAAGAAUUGAUUUUAUUUAGCAACAUGGAUAAUGAACGAUCUAUUCCUUCGGUUGUUGAUGGCUUAAAACCUGGUCAGCGUAAAGUCUUAUAUACUUGUAUUAAACGAAAUGAUAAACGAGAAGUUAAAGUUGCUCAGUUAGCUGGGUCUGUUGCUGAGCAUUCAGCUUAUCAUCAUGGUGAACAAUCAUUGAAUGGAACAAUCAUAAACCUGGCUCAGAACUUUGUAGGUAGCAACAAUAUUAAUAUUUUGCUUCCUAUUGGUCAGUUUGGUACUAGGUUGCAAGGCGGCAAAGAUGCUGCAAGUCCCAGAUAUAUUUUUACUAUGUUGAGCCCUUUGGCAAAACACAUAUUUUCAAAUCUUGAUACUCCUCUUUUAAAACAUCUAUAUGAUGAUAAUUUAAAAAUUGAACCUGAGUACUAUGUGCCAAUCAUUCCCAUGGUUCUUGUAAAUGGAGCAGAAGGUAUUGGAACUGGAUGGAGUACAAAAAUACCAAAUUAUAAUCCUAGAGAUAUAGUAAAAAAUAUUUAUCGUAUGCUUAAUGGUGAAGAGCCUGUAGAAAUGAAACCGUGGUUUAAAAACUUCAGAGGUACCAUAGAGCGUUUAGAUAAUCAACAUUAUGUUGUUAGUGGUGAGGUAGCACUUUUGGGUGAUAACAAAAUUGAAAUUACCGAGCUACCCGUUCGCGUGUGGACUCAAGCAUAUAAAGAAAGCGUUUUAGAGGUUAUGUUGCAUGGUACAGAUAAAACGCCUCCGUUCAUUACAGAUUACAAAGAAUAUCACACUGAUACCACUGUACGGUUUGUAGUCACUAUGACACCCGAAAAAAUGGCUGAAGCUCGAAAUCAGGGAUUGCAUAAAGCAUUUAAAUUGCAGACAACAAUAGCAACAUCUAGUAUGGUAUUAUUUGACAACAAGGGUUGUUUACGAAAGUAUGAUAGCCCAGAACAAAUACUGAAAGAAUUUUUUGAAGUUCGUUUUGCAUUAUAUGAACGAAGAAAGGAAUAUUUGGUUGGAGUUCUUGAGGCUGAGUCACUAAAGCUUAAAAAUCAGGCUAGGUUUAUUUUGGAAAAAAUUGAAAAUAAGAUAACAAUAGAAAAUCGUAAAAAAGUAGAAAUGAUACGCACAUUGCAGGAAAGGGGAUAUGACUCUGAUCCUGUCAAGGCUUGGAAAGAAGCUCAAAAAAACUUGGAAAAUGAUGAGGACCAGCCAAGUUCCGAUACCGAAAGUGAAGUGGAUUCUUCAGGUCCCGAUUAUGAUUAUUUGCUUGGCAUGACUUUAUGGAGUUUAACUCGAGAAAAAAAAGAAGAGUUGUUGAAGAAACGAGAUGAAAAAUUGAAAGAACUUGAAGACUUGAAAUGUAAAUCACCUUCAGAUUUAUGGAGAAACGACUUAAAAGAAUUUGAAGACGAGUUAGAUAAAGUGGAAAAGAAAGAAGAUGAAGAUGAAGCAGAUCAGCCAAAGGUUAAAGCAAAGUUAGGUGGAGGUAAGAAACGUAAGGUAGCUGAAGAAUCCAAGCCUUCCAUAUUUGGUGAGAGAAUAAUGCCUAUUAUAGAUGAUGAGUAUAAGAAAAAGUUUGAAAAGAAGCCAGCAGUUCCUGGUGAACAGAAAAAAGGUCGAAAAAAGAAAGAUGCAGAAAUGAAAAAAGGUGAUGAUGAUGACGACAAAGAUGGAGCACUUUCUUCAUUAGCAGAGAGAGUUGCUACUCCUGAGAAGAAACGCAAGGGAGCUAAAGAUGCCACAAAACAACCCUUAAUUAAAACAUUCAAAAAAUCUCCUGCUACUAAAAGUCCUAAAAAGGCAAAGAAAAAUCCAUGGUCAGAUUCGGAAUCAAAUGAAGAGAUAUCUGAUGUGUCAGAUGUUGACGCUGAUGAUUACAUUCCACCUGAGAAACGAGAAAUGGCUCCACGCAGAGCUGCUGCAAAAGCUAAAUAUACUUUUGAUAGUGAUGAAGAAAAUGGUAUGAAAGAUGAUGAUAGUGCUGAUGAGGCAAAAUCUACUAAGAGUGAGAGUGAUGUGGAUUCUCCUCCACCUGUGAAUGCUAAUAACAAAGUUUCUGAUCAACCAGAAGAGCGUCUGAAUGGUGCAUCUUCACCUAUUAUAUCUGACAGUGAUGACAGUUUUACUGCUCCUACUAAUACAAAUGAUAAAUCUCAUGAUGAUAUAUUUGAUUCAUUAUUAGGAGCUAAGCCUGACAGCAAACCUAAUAAUGAACCUCCUGAAACACAGAAAUAUUUUUCAGAUUCAGAUAGUAAUUCUGACUCUGAGCAAAGCAAAAAACCUAUAGCAAAAGCUGCUCCAAAGAAAAGACCGAGAAAGAAAAGUGAUGGAAGUUCUGAUGAUGAUUUUAAACCACAAGCUAAAAAAGAGACUGUAGCGAAGGAAAAAAAAGCAGCCCCAAAAAAGAAAGCAGAAGAUGGUGUUAAAAAGACAGCUCGUCCAAAAGCUAAAGAAGAUGGUCCCAAAAAAGCAGCCCGCCCAAAAGCAAAAAAACAGAAGAAAGAUUCUGACUCAGAUGAUGAUUUUGGAGAUAAAAUGUCAGUGGAUGGAGAUGAUUUGCCUACUCAGGCUGUACGACAGCCUAGAGGAGGGAGAACCAAGGCACCUAUUAAAUAUGAUUUUGGUGAUGAUUCCAGUGAUGGAUAUUGAAGUGCUCAAGUUCAUUCAUAUCUGUACAUCUUCAUGUGAACUGUGGCUGUGUGGAGUUUAUUUUAACCUUUCAACUCAUCUGUGAUUCAGUGCACCUUUGACCAGGAUUUGUAAAGAUUUUAAAUGAAAAAAUACUUUUCCCAAGGUUAAAUGGUAUUUUAUUGCCUCUUUUUUAAACUGGUAUUGUAUUAUAAUUAUUUAUCUUACAAUUUAUACCAUUUCGUGAAACAGAUUUUUUCAUGAUUAUCAAGAGUAUUAUGUGUUAUUUUUAAUUAUUAUUCAAACACUUAGAAAAUGUUCAUUUUAAUGUUUGGUGAAGUAAGUAUUCCUCUAUUAUUGAGACUGGAUUCAGAAAUGGAUGCGUGUGUGUAUAUUUGUACUUAUGUAUAUAUAUGUACAUGUGUGCAACAUACAUACAUUUCUAAAUCCAGUCCCGGACAACAGAAGAGUACUGUAUUUUCACCAAUGAACGAAUUUUAUGCUUUCAUUCUUUUUUUUUUUUUUUUUUUCUUAUUUCAAUUGAAGCACUAUACCAAUGGCAUUAAGAUCAUUCUAUUUAAAGAAGACGAGUUGAAAGAUCUUAUUAUUUCUGUGUAAAAGGAUGCGCAGCAGCAUUUAUGAUUGUAAUUGCAUAUGUUUAUUGCACAAUGUUUUAUUAUUUAAUUACAUCUUGAUUUUAAUCGUUUGUAAUACAUAUGUGAGCACAGUAAGAGUAACAUUUGAUCCUGAGGUAUGGGUAGUUUAUUUAUGAUAUGAAUACAUCAUUUUUAAAUACACUGAAACAGAUUUUUAUUGUUAUUUAUAGAUUUGCAGUAAUUUUUGCUCAAGGUAAAAUUCUAAUGACAAUUGUUUAAAAAGUGCAUUAUGCAGAACUUUUUUAUAAGCUUCUAAUAGGAAUGUAUUUAUUUUUCAUUUAAGUUGAAGUAUAUAUUAAUUCAUAGAUUUAAUUUGAAUUGUGUUACUACUGCAGCUAUAUCAUAAUGUAUUGUAGUGUGUUUUGGCAGUAUUUUUCUGUUAAGUACCUGUCACAAAUUUUAGUUUUGUUUAUAUACACAAUUGAAAACAGUAAAACACACACAUACUUGGACCCAGUUUGUGUUAGCAUUGUAAUUCGAUGCAUGUUUGCCUUUUUUGUCGCAGGUGCAUCAUAGAAAAAUACGGAAAAUACUGUUCUGCCAUAUAACACUAUGGCAGACGGAGGUUUUCCAAAAUAAAUCUGAUGAAUAUUUAAAUGAUCAAAAUAUUUUAUUACUUUAUUUUGAAAUAUAAAAUUUGCUUUUUAAAUUUUUUUAUAUAUUGAAUUUCUGUAUAAAUAUGCAUAUAAGCAGAAGUGCCAAGAAAGUGACACUCAUCUAAUAAUGCAUCAUUGUAGGUCUUGUAUAAAUAAUAGUGAUAUGGAGCUUUGAGAAACUGCAGUCAAUAUAUGCGUGUGAAAUCAUUUUUCAAAAGCUGUGUACAAUUUUUUUUUUCAUCCAUCAGAGAUAACAUCCUAUUUGAUGUAUCUCUGAUCUGAUUUGAUAACAGCUCUGAUUUUAUUCUCAGUGAUUUUGAUGUUAUCUGUGAUCAAACGUUUGUAUUGAAUUUAAAAUAUUCAUGGAUAUUUUUCAGGUUCAUCAGAUUUGGAAACGCAUAAUAAUUUCCAAUCUGUGCUAAUCAGAUCUGAUGAUUUUGCAUUUAAUUAAUCGACUUCAUAAUUUCAAAAAAUGUUUUUCGUUAGAAAUAUAAAAAGUUGUUAAUAACACAGCUGUUUUCUUCAUUUCAACUGAAGACGAUUUCUCAUUUGAUAUCCCUCCCUAUAAAUCUAUUCAAUUUUUUAACUAUUGAUCACCAGAUAUUAAAUGAAAUAUUGUAAAAGCUAAAUCAAUGAUUAAUAAAAUGUAAAAUGGGAAAAUUUAAUUUUUCUAAAGUUAUUUCUCAGCAUUACCUGAACUGCAUUUAAUCUGUGGUACAAAUUUAUUUUUAGUGAUUACUUAACUAUCAUUUAAGAGGUGAGUAUUAAUAUUUAAUGUUUCUUCAAAUAUUUAAAUAUUAUACUAUUAAUUUUACUUAUAGUAUUAUAUGCACAUUAAUUACAAACUAUUUUUAUUAAAUUUCAAAAUUAUUUAAUAAAUAAAAAUUUUUAGAAAAUUACAAAAUGAUAUGAAAGAGCCAAAACACUUAAAUUAAAAUUUAGAAUGAUGAGUUAAGUAUUAUAUUUUAUUUUAAAACCGUGUUAUGUCAAAUUUGUCAAUUGAGUCUUAUUUGCAGAUAUUAGUUGGUUUUAAAUUAUAAAAAGUUUGUUUUAAAUCAUGACUUCUCAGUCCAUUCUAGAUUCAAUAAAAUUCUAUAUCAGUGGUAUUCAAACUUGAUGCAGUUCAACCCCGAAAAGCAAUUUUAUAACUCCAGUCAAACUUUUAGUUAUAUACAAUCAAAUCAGACUUUUUAGGAUUUUGAAACAUUCUGUGACCCCAGUAUAAAUUUUGCCAGCCAAUAGUUUAAAUACUGCUGGUCUAUAUGGCAUAUCAUUAUCAGAGACCAUGAUACUUUAUUGUUUUCAUAAAUUUUUUUAAACAUGGGACCAUUCUUAGGAAAUAUACUGAAACUGUGGUAUCAUUAUCUCCAGUCCAGCAUCACUAUUUGUUACCUUGGCCGAUUAAAUAUUGCUAUUAUAUACAUAUAUAUGUGUGUGUGUGUUUAGAGACUAUGGCAUCACAUCUGCUUAGUCUGUUGGCUGAUUGUUUGUUUGACCUAUUGCCAUUAGGUCUGCGAGACUAGUUUCUGCAUUUUGGCGGCUUGUUACUAUUUUUUUCAGAGUUUUGAUAUUCUUGAUUACAUCCCUUAAGCUAUGUUUAUAUUCAAACUGUCUAUUUCCUUCAGGAGUGGAGGUAUGAAACAAUUAAGAUUUGUCACUUUUUUGGCACAUUUAUUUAUAAUUUGAAUGUUAUAGAUACAUUUAUUUGAACACCAUGUUUUUGCCAUCCUGUGUUUAUCUUGUAGCUAAUUUACUUUUCAUCUAAUUAUGUGUUUCAUAAUAUUUCACAAAAGUUUUCUUAUAUGAUAGGAAUCCGGCAGUGUGUUUGUAGUGUAAUUAAAAGUUCAGAAGUUUCUAUGAGUGUGUACAUUAUAUUAAAAAAAAUUUUUUUUUCAUUAUUAGAAUUAUCCAUAUAAAUGUACACAUAUUAUCUGGAUAUGGAAUGUAUUAAACUAAGUUCUUGAUAUGUCAUUUCAGUUUUAUACCAGAAGAAAAUUUAUAAAAGUAGGUGUUAGCUAGAAGACUGAAAGGCUAAUAAAUACUUGCUCUUCAAAUCCUAUGAGCAAACAUUUUUAGUGAAAAUGCAUUUGUAAUAUUUCUUGAAAGAAAAAUUGCUUUAGGAUUAUUUUAGUAUUUUCAUGUAAUAUGCUGAUUGGGAGAGAAAUUCAUUAAUAUUGAAUUCCUACAUCAGAAAUUAUAAAUAUGAUGUUUUGCUUUGGUCACAAUAUUGUUUUUGGAGAGUGCUUAUUUGUUAUGUUAUUUAUAAUAUAUAAUUAUCAUUGACUAUUGUGAAACAUCCAACUUUUAUAAAUACCAUUUUAUGCAUAUUCAUUUCUCAUGCAUAAAUUUCAUUACAUUGCAUUAUGUAUAUUGUGUAUAAUCUAAUUGUAUCCAUUAUAUAACCAUGUCUACAUUUUCAUCACUUUUUAAUGUCUCAUAGUUAUCCAUUAGGUAACCAUCUCGGAAAUUUCACAGUUCAUUAAAAAGUGGAUGUUGUCUGACAAUUAGUUUCAGGAUUUGUGUAAUUUUCUGCUAGCAGUUAAUUUGCUGUAGUCUGUAAAGUCAGAGUUGUAUGUUAUGCUGAUGUUAGUUCAUACCAAUAAUACUGAGAGAAAUCUGGGUGAACUGUGUAAGUGUAAAGGUGUUUAUAUUUUUCAUCCAUUUCAUAUGCUGUUAGACAUUUUAACAUCAUUUAUUUGAGAUUGUUUUGUGCUACAUGUAACAGUAACUUCUGUCAUUUAUUAAAAAAUAUACUAUAAAAUCUUUUGGCUA